UGUACCUAGGUACCCACAUAUAAAGGCUGGCAUCUAACUCUAUGACGGAGUACACAUUCGGUGGUAUCACAGUACUGAAAUUUAUAAAGUUUAAGUGUUUUAAAAAUUUAUUUCAUAAUGUCAGUGUGUCGAAUGUCAAUGUUCUGCGAUUCAAUAAUGUUAAUUCUUCAAGUUUUCCUAUUAACGUUUCUUUGUAAUGGUCAAGCAAAAGAGUUUAAUUUUAAAGACAACUGCAGCAAAUACGGACAGAUUUGCGUAAAUAACAUCAACUGUUCCAGCACAAAACAGCUUAUUGAUAGUAAGCAAGCUUUACCAUGUGGUUUUCGGGGUAAAAUUUUCAAAAAAGUCAUAAAAAUAUGCUGCAAUCCAUCAGAUAUUAUCCCAGCAACAACUUCAUCAACAUCUUUAUCACCUGAGGUAAUUCGCGAACAAGAUAUUAAGUCACCAGAACUGCCAAAGAAUACUCAAAGUUCCAGGAAUUCCACUGCGGUAGCACUGCAAAAAUGCCAAGAGUAUGGAAGAUAUCGAUACGUGAAAAAAUGGCAAGAUCCUAACCUACCAGGCGAGGAAGGACAUUACUACGAUAUGCUAGAUUGCGUGAAUGCGCAACCAUUGAUUGCAAAAGGAACUCCAGCCGAAGCCAAAGAAUAUCCUCAUAUGGCUCUCAUUGGAUAUGGAAAAGAAUUCGAAAGCGUCUCGUGGAAUUGUGGUGGCAGUUUAAUCAGUGAAAAAUUCAUCAUGAGUGCUGCACAUUGCACUGAUAAUAAUAUUUUGGGUCCACCACGAUGGGUUUUACUAGGAGCCUUGAAUAAAUUCCCAACAAAGGACGACCCCCAGCGAAAAGUUUACAGCAUUGUCAAAGUUUACAACCACCCGAAUUACAAGUCAUCAUCUUACUACCACGACAUUUCACUUUUCCAAUUGAACACCACUGUCGAAUUUAGCCCUUAUGUAAGGCCAGCUUGUCUAUAUACUUCAAACACUGAUUCACUCAUCAACACUAGAGCAAGCAUUACUGGCUGGGGAGGAACGGGCGCAGCCGAAAAACCCAGCGAUAAGUUACUAAAAGCAACCAUUAUGGUGGUCGAUCAUCAGAAUUGCACAAAAUGUCAAGAGAAACGUGCUAAGCUGGAACGUGGGUAUGAUUCAAAUACUAUGAUUUGCGCAGGAGACACCGAGAAGGGCAGAGAUACAUGCCUGGGUGACUCAGGAGGUCCGCUGCAAAUCCCGAUACCAAAUGCAAGUUGCAUGUGGAAUGUCAUAGGAGUGACAUCUUUUGGUCCUGGAAAUUGUGGAAAUAACCAAGAACCUUCAGUUUAUACCAAAGUAUCGUACUCUUUGGAUUGGAUCCAGAGUAUUGUUUGGCCGUGACAGUGGAAAUUUUAUAAAAGAGAGUAUCAUCACUUCCUUUUCUUUAUUUUUGUUCAAACAGCCAAAAUAUAUUUUCAAUUAUUGAAAAUAGUAUUUUGAAACAAUAAAUGGUACAUUAGUGA